AUGGUAUUGCUUCUUUCAUAGCUACUUGUGCUGAAGUGUACAAUGCUAAUUGUAUAAGAAAUGAAUGAAUUCAAUCUAAUUAUGAUUAAAGUGCCUAAUUUCAAUGACCAGUAUAUGAUCCAUCCAUACUAAGACAUACUUGGCUAAAAAUGUCAGGAACUCAAUCCCAAAUCAAAAAAGAUUAAUGGAUAGUAUUUUAGUCUUGGAGUAAAUAAUCUCGUCGUGUUUUAUGAUUAGUCCAUCUCCGACAGACAACUUUUCUAAAAUCUAGAAGAUCUCUAUAUGGUUUUGAAUACUGAAAAAAUAAAGUUUGGAGUGGUAAUAGGACACAUUAAAGAAGGAAAGACGCUCUAGGAAUUCAACACAAUCUAUAAAAAGGUUUAAGACUAAAAGAGAAAAUACUUUUAAGGACAUAUUUUUCGGAAAUUUAACUCAGAUAGUCUAUAAGACCUAGUCUAAGACUUCUAAUCCUGGUAAAAAAGAAAAGAUGUCAAAGCUUAAUUUGCAUGGCCUAAUAUAACCUAUGUUAAAUCUAUUGAUUUCUCAAAAAUAUAAAAGGGAUAGCUGACACCAAAUCAUGACCAUCUAGCAUUGUUCUAUUCAGUAGACUGCAUAAGAUCUAGAGGAAUUCAGGAAAUGUUCAAUUUCAUCGUCAAGCAAUAUCCUAAUGUGAAAAAGCUUACAUAUGAAGCAGUAGAAAUAACAAAUAAUAUCUUAUUUGGAUCUUAUGGAAGCCUAGUGCCUCAAUUUUUCUUUUACCCCAAACAAAAUCAUAAGAAGCCAAUGAGGAUGAACUUGAAACCAAGAGCAGACUUGUAUAUUGAAUACCUAAAAAAUAAUUCUAAAUCUUUUCAAGAUCAUUUGAAAUAGGCAGCUGAAAACAGACUCAGAGUUAAAAGAUAGGGUUAUUUUUGCGGAGUCAACUUUUGUGAAGAUAUUCAUCAUAACGCUUCAUUAGCAUAUUAAUAUAUGAGAUUCCACUUUGUUGAUUAUGAUAAGAUAGUUCAACUCGAUGUCGAUUCUGUAUCAACCUACAAAGGCUAUAGAUAUGAAAGAAAUCCUGAAGAAGAUGAGAGAUUUCUCAAUGCAAGAAUGUUUAAAAUCAAUAAAGCUGGAUAUUUAUAAAACAUUGAUGUAAAAGCACUUGCUGUUGCAGAGCCUCUCAAUGAUGAUGGAAUUGAUGACUUUUGGAGCUUUAUGAGUGAAGGUUUCAUGCCAAUUGGUCGUAUGUCCUUCAUGACUUAUCCUAGGUUUAUGAGAACUGUCUCUACUGAUGUAAGCAGAAUGAGAUAUUUGUAAAAUCCCAGAAUGUAAGAUGUGAUUAAAUAUUUCACAGGCUGGUUCCACUGUGCGGAGGAGCCCCGCUUUUAUUUAGAUGCUCAUACUCCUCGUAUCAUGCUGCCAAACUCAGAUACUGAGUAUUCUACUCUUGUCUAGACCUUAGGAGCUGACUAUUUGCCUCCUUCAGCGAAAGGUAGAAUCUAUGACAUCAUGAUUUAGAUAGUCACUCCUAAAGAAAAGGAUGUAGGCAUUUGGAUAAAAGAUUAUAAAAACUGGAAUCUUAUAAUAAACUGUAUGGAGCAAAUUAUUAAAAAGACUAAAUACAAAAUCCUUCUAGCAGGUAGUUAGCCACCAGAUCACCUGAAAAGCACUGGAAGAAUUAUAUCUAUACCACAUAUCGAAGCAAGGGAAUUCUUAAAAUACCUCGAAAAAACUAAGAUUGUCUUAAUACCAGCAGUUUACGAUGCUUCCCCAAGAAUCAUCACCUAAGCAUUCUAUUUGAACACAACAGUCAUUUUGAAUCGUUAAAUCAUUGGAGGCUGGCAUUACAUUAAUGAUCAAACUGGAUCAUUUUUCGAUAAUAAAAAUGAUGUUGUUGACGUCAUCAAUGAAUAGAUAAAAAGAUUUAACAAUAAGGAAAUGAAUCCUAAAGAUUGGUACAAAGAUUUUGCUUAUGAUAAGUACGCUAAAAUUCAAAGUUUCGUGGGAAUACUCAGAGAACAGAACUUCUAUGAUAAUUAUGAUGAUUUUGCUAUUUGA